AUGGCAGGAACAGAUAUGGACCCUGAGGUGGCUCGGGGCUUAUUUGAAGAAGGAGCCACGCUUGUCUUACUUGGUGUUCCUGAGGGAACAGAGUUGGGGCUUGACUACAAAACCUGGACUUUGGGCCCUCGGUUCCGUGGGGUGAAGAUGAUUCCUCCAGGGCUUCAUUUCCUCCACUACUGCUCUGUCAGCACAAAUAGAGCUUGUGGUGAAAUUAGCCCCAAAAUAGGCCUGUUCCUGUCCCUGAAACCUCGCGAGGUGCUUGUAGCUCAUUGGAACAAGAGUGAAGAUGACUUGGAGUUCUCCCAGAACCCAGAGGAGGUGGAGCGCAUAAGGGCCAAUCUUCGUGAACUGGACGGGUAUCUGGGCCCGUAUCCCUAUGACACUCUCCGGAAGUGGGUUUCCCUGACCGACAGACUCAGUCAGGAGGUUGCCAUCGCUCUGCAGCCCCUCAGUGGGAGGGUGUGUGCCUUUAGUGAUGUUAUCCCAGAACUGCAGCUGACCCAUACUAAAGACCGGGCAGAGCAGAAUCUGCCCCGCAAUGAUCAGGAAUGUCAGAGUAUGAAGGAGGGGCUGGACAGACUGCCCCGGAUGAAACAAAGGGAAGGCACGGAGUUGCGAUUUUCCAACAUUCCCAAACAGGCGUACCCUCCUGGGGCAACACCUGCACAGAUCACCCAGUAUAGUAUGGAUUGGAGUUACACUCUUAACUGCGUGCUUGAGAGCCAUUAUAAAGAGCAACCUCUCAAUGUACUAGGAGAGCUGCAGUUUGCAUUCGUUUGUUUCCUUGUUGGGAAUGUUUAUGAGGCUUUUGAGCAUUGGAAAAGCCUGCUGGCUCUGCUGUGCCGCUCUGAGGAGGCCAUGAAGGACAGGAAGGAUCUGUAUCUGGGUCUCAUUGCUGUACUAUACCAUCAGCUGGGAGAAAUCCCUCCGGACUUCUUUGUGGACAUUGUGUCCCAGAAUAACUUUCUCACCUCCACACUUCAGGACUUUUUCCAGUUUGCCAGCAGUCCCGGGGUCGACAGCACAUUACGGAAAAGAGCUGAAAAAUUUAAAGUCCAUCUGACCAAAAAGUUUCGGUGGGACUUCGAUGCAGAUCUUGAUGAAUGUGCUCCAGUGGUGGUGGAGCUUCCGGAGGGAGUCGCUGUGGACUGAUGCUUUUUCACGUAUUGCAGCCACUUCUGUGUUGUGCUUGAAAUUACAUAUUUAAAAAAUACAGUGCAAGAAGCUGUUUGAAACUGCAGUUUUAUAUUGUUUUCACAUGAACAUAAUCAUGUCUUUUCAGACUGCAUUCAUCAGAUACUACAGCAUCUGGUUAUUGUUCUGUCAUUUCAUGAAUAACAUUUUUUUUUGACCAUUUCAUUUUAUUAAAGCUAAUUAUUUCACUUCA